AUAAUGUAUGAGCGGAGAGUAGACUACUAGAGUUUCAAAAAAAAAAUGUGGAAGAAUAACCGAUGAUAUUCGGGUGUGAGAAAGACAAGAAGAACAAUCCUUAUUCCCCUGUUCUGGCAAUACUAGAAUUCUGGAAUUUUCUGUUUACAAUAUAUAUGUUUUUAUUUAUUUAUUUUCUGCCACACACCGUACUACCCUUCCUCUUCAUAUAUAUUACAGGAGGCUCACUUCCUGGAAUGAUGUUUAUCCGCCCCCAGUUUUACAUACAGCGAUUAGUUAACAAUAAUUAAACACUUGAUUAUUAAUUAUCUGUUUCUGAUCUAAUUAAGAAGGAAGAUCAUCAGAUCAGAUGGGUAGGGCACCUUGCUGUGACAAAGCAAACGUGAAGAAAGGGCCAUGGUCCCCAGAAGAAGAUUCCAAACUCAAAUCCUACAUCGAACAACAUGGCACUGGUGGCAACUGGAUUGCUUUGCCCCAAAAGAUCGGGCUUAAGCGAUGUGGCAAGAGUUGCCGUCUGCGGUGGCUCAACUACCUUCGCCCUAAUCUCAAGCACGGUGGUUUCUCCGAAGAAGAAGACAACAUCAUUUGCAGCCUCUAUGUUACUAUUGGAAGCAGGUGGUCGGUGAUUGCAGCCCAAUUGCCUGGAAGAACAGACAACGACAUAAAGAACUAUUGGAACACCAAGCUGAAGAAGAAGCUUCUGGGAAAACACCGCACUAAUAACAAAGAGCACCACCAACAACCACGUUCUAGAAAGCAAGCAUCAACAACCAAUAAUACUAGUGUUACCGGGGAUUUUUCAUCAUCAUCAUCAUCAUCUGCUACUGCUACUUAUUGGUCACACAUGCAUAUGCCUAUGCUGCCACUACCACCACCACCACCACCAUUACCACCGUUGCCAUAUGCAGAAGAUAAUAAUAGUAACAAUGAAGGGCCCAGUUUCAACGACCAAGACUCUCUCAGGAAACUUCUUAUCAAGCUCGGAGGAAGAUUCUCCAACAACAAUUUUAGUGAGGAUUAUCAGCCGCCACCACUUGAUGAUGGGGUCAUCAUGAAUUUUCAUCAAUUCCCUUCUUAUGAAAAUCAUCAUCAUAAUAUUGGUUCAUCAUCUAGUUGCAUGGUGUCUGCUAAUAAUUAUCCACAAAGGUUAGAUGGAUUGGAGUUCUUUUACGGAGAGGAAUUGGCUGUAACUAAUGAUGAGAAGAUAAUAGAAACUGGUGGUGCUUCUAAUAAUAAUAAUAAUAAGUGGUGUGAGACCAGCAACACCACACUGAUUUAUCCUCCUCUUCAUGAAGAUUUCAGCUACCGCACCCCGCAAUAGCACCAUAUCCAUGUACAUUUCUUUUUCUUUUUCUUUUUUUUUUCUUUCAAUUUGCUUUGAACUUGAACUACUAGCCAUUUGAAGAAAAAGGGAAAGUUCGUUUUGAUUCCCUUAUUAUACAUAGUAAACUUACUUCGUUUAUAUAUAUAUAUGUCUUCUCUCUUUUGUGGCAUUUUCGCCCAAUGCAUUUUAUCCUAUAUUGUUUUGUUGUGUAUCAGUUGGUUGUAAUAUUUACGGAGAAUCAUUAAUUAAU